AUGUUUUUAGAGAUACCUUUUUUUUUCUUCUUUAUUUUCAUCCCUGACCCUUUAUUUUCUUUGUUUAUAUGCACAAUUUUUGUAAUUUUCCGUCGUCUUUCAUUUGUUUUGCUCUCGGCCUAUGAUUUUUUUUUGUCAUUAAUUUUGUAUUCUCUUUUCAAGUGUUCUUUCUUUUGGUUUCUCAUUUCGUUUGUCUUCCGUUUUAUUUUAUUUUCUACAUAUUUUUGUUUUUCUUUACUUUUUUCAUUCAUUGUUUUCUUUUUUAUAUUAUUUUCUUUCUUCAUUUACUUCUUCUGUCAAUUUUUCCACUGCUUUUUUCUUUAUUUUCUUCAGAUUUCUUUCGUUUUUCUUUCGUUUUUCUUUUGUUUUUUUCUUUAUUCUGUUAUUUUCUUUUACUUCGUUUUUUUCCGCUUGUUUUUUCGCUGUAUUCUUUUCCUUUGUCGUUUUUCUCUUUAA